AUCCACCUCGGCAUCCGUAGACAGGUCUAGACUUCAAAGCAGUUCACCGAAGUAGGAGGGCGUUUAGGUUCCCGUCGGUCUGGGGAAAACCUGUUUAGUGUGUGAUUUUUGUCCCUGGAUUCCACCCCCCCCCCUUUUUUUUUGUCGUCACAGUAGUGGUAUUGUUUCGCCCAGGGUGAUACGUGGACUUGGUGCUGUCUGGACCCCUGGGAUUAUCUCCAGAGGGCAGAGGCAUACGGCAGAAGUGCCGAGGUGGUUAUAUGUAAGGGGAACCAGAAAAUAUUGGUCAACACUUGCAGUCACCUCCUAAUAACGAUAUAGUGCAACAGCACCAUUACUUUGGAGAAGGAAAUGGCAACCUGCUCCAGUAUUCUUGCCAGGAGAAUUCCAUGGACAGAGGAGCCUCGCAGCCUACAGUCCCUGGGAUGCAAAAAGUCCUGAGUCCCCAGGAGCAAAAGAAUCAGUCAAAAGAGGAAGAAGUUAUAGGAUUUGGUAGCAGCAUUUUCUGGGGAUAUGCUUGGUUGAAGACAAGUUUCAGAACAGAAAUUGAGAGCAGAUCCACGAGAUACAUCGACAGUGUUUUCAGAGAACAGAGGAAAAUGAUCCAAGCCCAGGAAACCCUCACAUUUGACGAUGUGGCCGUGGACUUCACGUGGGAGGAGUGGCAGCUCCUGGCCCCUGUUCAGAAGGCCCUGUACAGGGAUGUGAUGCUGGAGAACUAUAGCAACCUGGUGUUUGUGGGUUUUCAAGCAAGCACACCAGAGGUACUCUCCAAAUUGGAUCAAGGAGAACCAUGGAUGAUGGAUGAUGAAAUCCACUGUCAAACCCGUUCAGAAGUCUGGAAAUUUGAUGACCACCUGCUGGAGUACUUACAAAAUGAGAGCAUGGAGAAGAGACUAGAACAAUGGCAUGAACAGAACCCACUAGAAAAUGCUGUUCAUCAGAGCAUAACUCAUUUUCUGCUCAGGCAGCAUCAUGAUGUGUUUGACUUACAUGGUAAAUGUAUGAAAUCAAAUUUAACUUUACUUUCUCAAAACCUCAGCUAUGAAAUAAAGAGCUCCAAUGAGCUUACUGGAGAUGAGAAAUCCUGUCGCCAUGCUGACAGUGAACAGUUUCAUCCUGAAAUUAAAUUCCCCCAAAGCCAAAAACUCAUCAGCUCCAAAUCCCCACUCAAUGAGUAUCAGAAAACUAAAAAAACAGAGAAGCCUCAUGUAUGUGGUGAAUGUGGGAAAGCUUUCAUCAAAAAGUCCUGGCUCACUGAUCAUCAGAUAAUUCACACAGGAGAGAAGCCCCAUCAAUGUAAUCUUUGUGACAAAGCAUUCUCUAGAAAAUUCAUGCUCACUGAACAUCAGAGAACACACACAGGAGAGAAACCUUACCAGUGCACUGAUUGUGGCAAAGCCUUCCUCAAGAAAUCACGGCUCAAUAUACACCAGAAAACCCACACCGGAGAGAAACGGUAUAUCUGCAGUGACUGUGGAAAGGGCUUCAUCCAGAAGGGAAACCUCAUUGUACAUCAGCGAAUUCACACAGGUGAGAAACCUUACACAUGCAAUGAAUGUGGAAAAGGCUUCAUCCAGAAGACCUGCCUCAUUGCCCAUCAGAGAUUUCACACGGGAAAGACUCCUUUUGUGUGUAGUGAGUGUGGAAAAUCCUGUUCCCAGAAGUCAGGUCUCAUUAAACAUCAAAGAAUUCACACAGGAGAGAAACCCUUUGAAUGCAGUGACUGUGGGAAAGCCUUCACUACAAAGCAAAAGCUCAUAGUCCAUCAAAGGACUCACACGGGAGAGAGGCCUUAUACCUGCAAUGAGUGUGGGAAAGCUUUUGCCUACAUGUCUUGCCUUGGUAAACAUAAAAAAAUACACACAAGAGAGAAACCUGGAGAUGCAAUCAAGGAGACUGCCUCACAGACAAGUGAUGCCAUGCGGGAGAAGAACCUUGUUAACUUGGUGGCUGUGCAGGUGCCUUCCAUGGCCCUUCAGCCGUCAGUCAACAUCGGUGAACUCCUAGCAAAUAGGAACGUCAUCAUAACGGGACCACCCAUGGGCAGGUGUGCACCCGCAGGAGAUGACAGAGGGUCUACAGAGGACAGAACCCUUAAGAACGCAGUGAGCGUGGUUGUGCCUUCGGUGGUCAAUUAUGUUUUAUUUUGUGUCACAGAAAACCCCUGCACCCCCAGCUUCUGGGGCACAAACGCGUCCCUGGGUUUUCUGUACGUCAGAUGUGCCAACAUGGCUGCUCCCGAGGGGCCGCGACAAGUUUCAGAACAGAAAUUGAGAGCAGAUCCACGAGACACAUCAAUGGUACCAGGUGUUUUCAGAGAACAGAAGAAAAUGAUCCAGGCCCAGGAAACCCUCACAUUUGACGAUGUGGCCGUGGACUUCACGUGGGAGGAGUGGCAGCUCCUGGCCCCUGUUCAGAAGGCCCUGUACAGGGAUGUGAUGCUGGAGAACUAUAGCAACCUGGUGUUUGUGGGUUUUCAAGCAAGCACGCCAGAGGUAGUCUCCAAGUUGGAUCAAGGAGAACCAUGGAUGAUGGAUGAUGAAAUCCAUUGUCGAACCCAUUCAGAAGUCUGGAAAGUUGAUGGCCAUCUGCUGGAACACUUACAAAAGAAGAGAGUGGAGAAAAGACUAGAACAACGGCUUGAACAGAACCCACUGGACAAUUCUGGUCAUCAGAGCAGAACUCUGUUCAGGCACAGUCAUGAUGUGUUUGACUUACAUGGAAGAAGCGUGACAUCAAAUUCAAGUUUACUUUCCGAGAGUCCAAACUGUGAAAUAAAGAGACCCACUGAACCUCCUGCAGAUGGGAAAUCCUGCCCCCAUGCUGACAGGGAACCAUUUCAUCCUGAACUCCUCAGCACUAAGUCCCAACUCAUGGAGCAUCAGCACACUAAACAAAUGAAGAAGUCUCAUGUGUGCAGUGAAUGUGGGAAAGCAUUUGUCAAGAAGUCUUGGCUCGCUGAUCAUCAGAAUCUUCACACAGGAGAGAAGCCCCAUCGAUGUAAUCUCUGUGGGAAAGCCUUCUUCAGAAAGUUCCAGCUCACUGAGCACCAGAGGAUGCACAUGGGGGACAAACCUUACGAGUGCGCCGAAUGUGGCAAAGCCUUCCUCAAGAAAUCAGGGCUCAACGUGCACCAGAAAACCCACACGGGAGAGAAACCAUUUAUUUGCAGUGAGUGUGGCAAGGGCUUCAUCCAGAAAGGAAACCUCGUGGUCCAUCUGCGGAUCCACACAGGCGAGAAACCUUACACGUGCACUGAGUGUGGGAAAGGCUUCACCCAGAAGACGUGUCUCAUGGCACACCAGCGGAUUCACACUGGCACGAGUCCCUUUGUGUGUGGCGAGUGUGGGAAGACGCUUUCCCAGAAAAUGGGUCUCAUCAAGCACCAGAGGACUCACACGGGAGAGAAGCCCUUUGAAUGCAGCCACUGCGGGAAGGGCUUUAUCGAGAAGCCACAGCUCGUGAUACACCAGAGGAUCCACACCGGGGAGAAACCCUACAGAUGCAGCAAGUGUGGGAAGUCAUUCAGAGGGAAGUCGGUCCUCAAUAAACACCUGAAAACUCACUCAGUCAAGAAACUCCCUCCCUCAGUGAAGUCCCCCCAGAGCAGUGUCGUUCUCCAGGAGAAAAACCUGAACACAGUGACAAUGCACCUGCCUCCUCUGGCCCCUCAGCUGCCAGUUGGCAUCAGUGGGCUCCUGGCUAACAGGAGCAUGGUCUUAGUGGGACAGCCUGUGACCCGAUGGUCACCCACUGGAGACAACAGGGGCCUGGCCCAGGAGAGGACCCUUAUGAACUCAGUGAAUGUGGUCGUGCCUUCAGUGGUCAAUUGCAUUUUAUUUUAUGUCACUGGAAACUAGUAGGAAAAAACAAACACAUUGAGGAAAAGGGUUGAGCAAAAAUUUCUAGCUCAGACGGUGGCUGAAAGUAUACACCAUAAGAAAUCGUAUGAAUGUGGAGACUGGAAAGGCAUAAUGUCCUCAUCCAGUUAAAUAUAUGCAUUGGUACAGAGGAAUAAUCUCAUGUUAACCUAACAGAUACACUUCAGUUGUUCUACUGUGUUGAAUAAAUGAAGGAAGGUAAGGUAAGGUGUGCGUUGUUAGCCAUGUCUGACUCUUUGUGACCCCAUAGGCUGUAGCCCCCCAGGUUCCUCUGUCCAUGGGAUUUCCCAGGCAAGAAUACUGGAGUGGGUUGCCAUUUCCUUCUCCAGGGGAUCUUACUGACCCAGGAAUCGAACCCAUGUCUCCUGUGUUUUCUACAUUGAAGGUGGAUUCUUUAUCUGCUGAACCAUUAAGGAAAGCAAAUGAAGGAAGCCUGAAUUCAACUAAGUGGAGGAAACGAGGUGAAUUUUUAAGCAUAUAAUGUGUAUGUGGAAAAAGCACAAAAGGGCUAAUACUGAGUUGGUGGCAUAUGGGGUGUGUUGGUAUCAAUUCAGUUACCCCCAGCCAAGGUGAAGUGUGAAUUCAAAACUGGGAUGUCGUCCUUUAAACCUGGUAAAGUUGAUAUUGCCAAGGGAGACUUGGCAAGCAACAGCCUUAGGUUGAGUCAGUCUGUUCAUUUACAGAGUAUUUGGCAAAUACUUCCUUGGUACCUGGUUCAAUCCUAGAAGCUGAGGAGAUUGUGGUGGUCAAAACAAAGAAAACCCAUGGUCUCCUGGAGAUACCAUUGAGGUGGUAGGAGUAUCUUCAAGUGUCUAUCUCAGUGUAUCUCUACACUCAAGCUAAUUUAGCGAGAGGUUGUAAGUGUUUCUAAUAAAUGUAACAGACGUGGAGUAAUUGGCUCAAGGGAAAAAGAAAAUUUACUGUUGAAGGAGCACCUCAUUUGGGGAAUUGGGGAAGGACUUAAUGGUAUUUAAGCACCAUAGAACACAAGUAGAUUUUUUAAAAAUUUAUUUUCUUGACGUACAAUGUUGUGUUCAUUUUUGCUGUAUGGAAAAGUGAUUCAAGUAUACAAAUAUAUACAUUCUUUUUCAUAUUCUUAUCUAUUAUGGUUUAAUCCCAGGAUAAUAUAGAGCCCUGUGCUAUACAGGAGGACCGUUGUUUCAUAUAAAUUAUUUUUGAAAUGCUUAUUUGUUAUCUCUACCAAGGAGAUAAUAAAUUCCUUAAUUUUAGUGAAUUUCCUUAAAUUUCAAUGUUUAAAAAAACGGAAAACCAGUAAGAUGAAAAAAACCAGUUUCUCAGUUGCAGUGGCAGCAUUUCAAGUGCUCAACAGUCAUGUGACUCCUGGCACUAGAUCUAACUGGACAGAACAGACAGCAAAAUGGUCAGACCAGGGUGGGCUGCUCCACCAUCAUUUCCUCCUACCGGAGAGUAGAGUGCUGAUGUUCAUGAUUUUCUGUUUCCCAGCAGAGAGGGGGGAAAACACUCAAAACCCUUAUCAUAUAUAGAUUUGGAAUGUGAAUGAAUAAACUCAUGGGCUAAUCAAAAUACAUUCUAUCACUGGAGGGAAAGAUGGUUCUAAGGAGCAGACUGUCUGAAGUGUCAGAGAGACUUAACUGAUUAUAAGGGGACAAAGCAGGAAAGGAAAAUGAUUGCU